UUAUAUUGCAUACGUGGAUACGAAACAUGUUUUCUAAAGAAGUGUCAGCAUUAGUACUAGUACUGUUUGUUGAUAUGGUAUUUGCCGAAUGUACAGUUGGCUGCCAAACAUGUUCUGGUUCAACUUGCACAAGUUGUAAAUCAUCGUACUUUUUAUCAAAUGGCCUCUGUUCACCAUGCCCUCAAGAUUGUGAAAGCUGUAACAGUUACAAUGACUGUACGUUAUGUAAGCCAAAGAAAUAUGGUUUACACGCAAGAUGUGCUUUCAACUGUGGUGGUAAUUGUUUAAGUAGUGAAUGCGAUGAUAAUACUGGAGAUUGUACUCAAUGUAAACCUGAUUUCUAUGGAUAUCAAUGUCAACACAAUUGUAGUUUAUGUGAAAAUGAAAGAUGUGAUUUACGUAUAUGUUCGAGUGGUUGUAGAGCUGGAUAUUAUGAUUAUAAAUCCGGUAUCGAAACAUAUUGUGAAACCUGUCCGUCAAAUUGUAAACAUUGUAGGGAUGCCAAAACAUGUUAUAAUUGCAAUAAUGGUUUUCACCUCUUUGCAUUUAGUGACAGUGUUCACUGUGUGUCAUGUUUGCAAGAAUCGCAAUGUUCGGACUACUGUGUUAUUCAAGGUUGUAAUCAGUGUCAAAUACACAAUGAUUCGUUAGUCUGCGCUGAUUGCCCAGAAGGACAAAUAUUUAAUGGUAACACAUGUGGAUCAAAAACAUCAUUGUGCUCACAAGAAUGUUCUACGUCUUGUGAUAGUACUGGAAUAUGUCAAGGAGAAUGUAAUGAAGGCUGGACUGGUGAGAAAUGUUCCGAACAAUGUAACAGCAAAUGUUUAAAGUGUUCAAAAGAUAAUGGAAAUAGUUGUCUACUGUGUAAAGGAAAUUUUUACUCAACCGAUUGCAGUUUAGACUGCAACCCGGCAUGCAUAGUAAUAAGUGAUAAACAUACAUGUGAACAGGUAGACGGAUAUUGUUUAAAUGAGUGUAACCAAACAUUUUGGGGCGAUACCUGCGAAAAACCUUGUCCUAGUGGAUGCAAAGGUCUUAAAUGUGAUAGAAACAACGGUACAUGUACAGAUGGAUGUAAGGAUGGACUGACAGAAGAAGGAUGUUCACAAACUUUUACAAUCGGUAAACAAGAAAUUUCAGUCUCGGCCACAUUAACAACAUCAACCGAUCCUGUAACCCAACAACAAACAUGUGUGCGGUGUGACGAUAAUGUUAACAAUUUUACCAUUGGUUAUUUUUCUUGAUUCGGAUCUUGUACUGCCAUAGUAGUAUUUGCUGUGUUGUUAAACCUUAUUAGACGAAGGUAUCUGGCAAGUAAAACGCCCAAAGAUAACAAACAUAACGUUGAGAUUCCAACAUAUUAUAACACUAGAACUGAUUUUGGAGCUGUAAAUGCUGAGUCAGCUGAUGUGACUAAUAAUUACGAGAGUUUGAGUAAUAAUAGGACCACAGAUAAUGUGUACAAUGAUCUAGGAACAACAUUGUCAUAGAUGCAAGACAAAUGUGUUGAAGUGAUUUAUCAGUGACAGAAUGAAUUGUUAAACUGUAUUUGAUGUUUCUUUUAUCCGAUACAUAUUUUAUGGUAGUGAUAAAAGUAUUAUAUUCUUAAUCCCAAACAGGCAGUAUUGUCCCUUUAUGCGUUAACACUAUAAGCCGUUCAUGUCUAUUUUAGCUUAUUCGCAUGUUGAAUUUUCCUAAAUGCUUAAUCCUUAGUGUACGGUUAAGAAUAUUUUUAUAUUUAAGCGAUUGAGAAAACUCCUGGAAGUAAAUAUUUCAGAAUUUCUUUAAAUUGCAUCGAGGAAGUGACACUUUCCUAUGUCUGUGUACUGUUAAAACCAGGCACGAUAUAAUAUCAUGAAUUCCCUUCCAUUAUGAUGAUCAAGAUACAGGAAAUGUUUUUUGAACCUGUGGAAAUGGUGGAUCCACGCUUGAGCACAGCAGCUAUGUCAAGUAUGAAUACUGCCUUGAGUUCUGAAAGGCUUAACAUAGCAAUUCAGAAAUCUGAAAUCAGUCUUCUUCCAAAACUCAGAUAAGUUUGUGUUUUGAAAGAAAUGUCCCUGAUUAUGACUCCUUUGUUAUGACCCCUUUAACUUCUGAAUGCAAUUAAUAAUGAAAAAAUAACAUUUUGAGGAUUAAAUCGCGCGCUAUUGUUUUUUCUAAAUUUUUUUAGGAAGACGAUUUUAAUCAAAGUCUAAAGUAUCUGACUAAGUAAAGAAUAUUAAAGCGGUCAUUUGUUCAUUGUUUAAGUAAGAUUACAUCUUAGGACUUAAAUUACACUUACAACUUUCUAUGAAACGCAGCCUCGACUUGAAUUGUUCUUAUGCAAUAUUCUGAUAUUGCGUUUUUAGUCCAUGGUGUGCAAGCGAACGUCUUUUGGAUUUACUUAAGAACAAAUAGGUCAAGUUUCUAACCUGAUUUCACGCAUUACUCAAUCAGGCUCAAUCUAUAAGAAAAGAGAAAUAAAUCAGUUGUAAAUUGUUUUUCUUUUUUGUAACGAAAUGCAGUAAUAAACAGAAUAAACAGAUAUUGAUAUUAUAUAAAAAAACAUUAUAAGGUAUAUAUUUAAGAGAGAAAAAACACACAUUCUUACAGAUUUCCAUGAGGACCAGGUAUCAAAUACUAAGUUCCUUUCUCUUUAAUUUUUAAGAAAAGCAUCAUGGUCAGUUGUGGCACUUUAAAUAAUUAAAGUAACUUUAAUUAGUUCCUUUAUACUACGAGAAAUGACCGGAUCACGCUUGAAUGCAAACAUAAGCCCUCGGACUUAUAUCUGAUUAAAUUUUUCGCUCUGCAUAUCCGGGCUUUGAAUGCGUCAACGUGCUUCUGCAAGUGUAAAUGCACGAAAAAGUACAUUACCCCGUUACUAAAAUACUUUAUUUCCAUAUCCUUAUAUUUUCAUUAAAAUAGGGCUAUACCUGAGAUCACUGAUGCAUAUUAUAUAUUCAAAUCUUUACAUAACUUUGGGAACGGAUUAUUUACAAUACAUGCCAUAUUUAGGUAGUUUUCUUUACUUCCUUCUAGCGAUGUUGUAAGGACAGAUAUCAUUAAGGUAAAGCAAUAUUUAUAGGCAUAGUUUAUUGUAGCAUGAAAACUACGGUUCGUGUGUGUUUCAACAUUAUUUAUUUUAUAUUUCUUUAAAUACGUUGUUUCCGAAUAUUUCAGUCCUGUAUUUGCGAAAGGCAUAAACUAAAUGUUCAACAUACUAACCCAUUUUGUCAUAAAUCUUUAUAAUAUGUUUAGUUUACAACACAAAAAAAAUGAAUUUUAAUAUUUACUGUAGUAUAUUAAAGGUAAUAAAUU